AUGCAUGAAAUGCAAGGAGUUCUACUCUGCUCGGGUGGAGGUACACGCAUGCCAGCCUUAACGCAACAUAUUCAAAAAUGUCUCCUCCCGGUUGUCGGUGUUCCAAUGUUCCUCUAUCCACUCUCCUCACUUCUGAGAACAGGAAUCACAGACAUCAAAAUCUUCGUUCGUGAAGUGUUCCAGCCAGUUCUUGAGAAAGAAGUCAAAAAGUCAAAGCUUUUGGAGAAAUACCCGGCGAAUCUAGAGUAUAUAACAGUCAGUCAGGAAGACAACGGAACUGCUGAUUUACUAAAACAUCAUCAUAAUAAAAUAACGAGAGAUGCACUGGUCGUGUCUUGCGAUUUCAUCAGCGAUGCAAGUCUCAUUCCUCUCGUUGACUUCUUCCGUGCUACGAAUUCAACACUUGUUGCUCUCAUUGCCGAUACUUGUGUGAGCUCUCCUGCGCCAGGAGCGAAGUCUAAAAAACCAAAAGCCAGUGAUGUGAUGGCAAUUGUUGAAUCCACUGGACAACUAGCUUUUCUUUGUGGAGAUGACGACUUCGACACUCCACUUCUUAUGGAUAAAACUCUGAAAACAUUUCCAUCGAUCCGUUUGACUUCUAAGUACAAUGACUGCCACGUGUAUGCUAUUCGUCAUAAAGCUCUUCAACAACUCAACAAAUCAAAGCAUAUUUCUUCGUUCAAAGCAGACUUUAUCCCACAUUUGAUUGAAAAACAGUUUGAACCUGAAUCCGAUGUAAAGUGUCUUGCAUAUCGUCUCCCCCAUGAAAACGGAUUCGUGACUGCUCAUGCAAACACACUUGGUGCUUACUUUGAAGUCAACAAAGCUAUUCAAAAAUCGUUUACUCGGCUCAUGGAGUAUCGAGGAAACGGACAAACUUUUAAUCAUAAGGUCGAUCGGAUCCUCGUUCAUGACAGUCGAAUUGAAGAGAGUGCACAGAUUGGAAAAGAUUCGAUAAUCAAACGUUCUAUUAUUUCGGACAAAUGUCAGCUCGGUGAAAAGGCAAAAGUGAAAGAAAGCAUCAUCGCAAAAGGCGUCGUGAUCGGAAAUGGAGCUUCUGUGACCAACAGUAUUAUUUGUGAAGGAGCUGAAAUUGGAGAGAAUGCUGACAUUACCAAUUGCAUCGUCACGAAGGAUCAAAAAGUCUCAGCUAAAGCCAAAGUGCAAAACGAAAUAGUGGACGGUGAAGACGAAGAGUGGAGGGACGACUAA